AUGUCCAACACCUGGGAAGAGAACCGAGAACCUCCUCACGCACACAUCCGCCUGCUAAUAACUAACAGGGGCGUGUGCGGGUGGCAGAAUGCCAACGAACGGACCAGCCAUGGAGGGUGGGUUGAAAACAGUCGCGAAGAUGACCUCCUUCGAGUGGCCAGGAGGGAGCUACCACGGCAUCAACACCUCAUUCCCCCAUUGGCAAACUUCUCAGAUGUAUCCCCUCAGAACUUUGCUGCCGUGGCGAAGUCGUCAACCCUAGAUCUUCAUCCCUGCCUCGCCCGCCUGAGCUUCUUUGUGCCCCCGGUGAUCAACCCAUGCAUCACCAUCCUCCUCCUUCAUAGAUCCUAUGGCAACUGGGCCGGGAGACAACCCGUCCCUGAUCAUUGCCGCCCAGCCCUGACAGCCGGCCAUGGAUUCGUUAGGUCACCGUACCACCCGCUGUGUCUGCGAAACGCGAGUCGAGCCGGUAGCUGUCCCAGCUGCCGAGGUUGCCUUUGUCUGCCCAUGGGCCAAUUCUCUACAGCGCGUCUUUUGUCUUGUCCGACACAGUCACAGUUGACCAUAUCUCUCUACCGACAAGUUCCGGGCGUCGAGCCGUGGUGCUGGGGCAGCAGCGAGCUCAUGGUCGUCUCUUCUGGCACCACGCGCGAGUCGUGCGCUACUCCUGGCACUCGAGCCCCGGAUCCGUCAGAAUACGUCGUACGCUAA